AUGGCAACAACCGACUCGCCAAAGUCCUUCGAUGAGCUGUCGAAUGAUCUAUAUUUGAGGUUUCUGAAGAAAUUUGAGCGACGGAAAGAGGAUCAACAUAGAUUUGCGCCGAUUGGGACCUCGAAGGAGGUGCUGCAACCUGAUGUUUUGCGUUGUCUCUUCAGGAGUCUAGAUUGGUCGAACCCCACAGAGAGUGAUAUCAGUGAGGAGGAACUAAUUGAAAGAGUUAAUGAAAGAGACCUCUUCGAUUUUCUUGCAGUUUUGAUAUUCAGCAGUUGCACUGUCGACGACGUGCGUACAUUUGCCACAGAGUUUUUGGCCAAAGACACAUUUGCGACCGAUACUUUCGCCCUACCUACCCAAAGCCGGACUCUUAAAUUAUUGUUCAAGGAGAAAGUCACCCGUGAUAAGUUUCUCGCAAAGCAAUCUAUCUUUUGCCCUGUUGUUAUUCACCAGGGAAGAGAACAGCGCGUUGAAGAUACGGGACGACGGCGCCUCCCUUAUCUAGAGGAAAAACGAUUGGCACAAGGAGGCUAUGGAACUGUUUAUAAGGUCAAAAUUGCCAAGGGACAUUUUCAUGAUCAUCGCAAUCGAACAUCAAACUCAGUGCCUUUGGAGGUUGCAAGAAAGGACUAUGUCAUCAGCAGUCAAUUCCCUGCCGCAAGCAAGGAGCAUGAAGUCCUCGAGAAGAUCCUCGCCUCUGACAGAUCGUGUGAGAACAUCGUCGAAAAUUUUGGCAGCCUUGCAAUCGGCCCAGAAAAGUACAGCCUCUUCAUGCCGCUUGCUAUUUGUGACCUAAGUGCGUACAUGAUGGAUUACCAUCCAAUCAAGCCCAGCACUACCCAGGAGAAGGCUGCAAUCAUUCUCUCUGCCCUAGGGUUAGCUCGGGGACUGCAUUUCCUUCACCAUGAAAUGAAGACACCACAAGGGGAAGACCUGGUCUGUUAUCAUAUGGACCUGAAGCCGAGCAACAUCCUGAUAUUUCAGGGUGAGGACGACAGGAAGGUUUGGAAGAUAAGUGAUUUUGGCAUGGCACGAGCGAAAUUGAAGAAAAAAGGCGACAAAAUUGAAAAGGAGAAAGAUUUCAACAGUUGGUUCGUGAAGCGCUCGAAGCCUGGGCCUGAGCCGACUCCAACACCUACUUUGGCUUUGCAUGGAGAGGGUACAUACUUAGCGCCCGAAUCUCUUGCGUCAAUCUCAACCAUGAAGACAAGCAGUGAUGUCUGGUCCCUUGGGUGUGUGAUGAGUGUUUUGUUUGUCUACCUGGAGACGGGCGCAGAGGGUGUGACUAGGUACUCGGAGGCACGGUCGGAUCACGCCAAAGCAGACGGUGUUGAUCGCUUUUUCCUUCGCGAUAAAGGAUUUGGGCCAUUUAAUGGACAUCCUGUCGUCAAGGAUUGGCACGAACGUCUGAUUUCGUCCGCCAAGCGACGGGAUCCCCAAGAAGGAAAAGCUCUAAAAGGGAUGUUGCACUUUCUCGAGGAUAACGUUUUUCGGGACCAAUCUAAGCGAUGUGGUGUUGCAGAAGUUGGGAACAUGCUGCGGGAAACAUAUCAGAUUUACUCAAUAUUGGAAAACUUCGACAGACUGAUAUCAAGCACAGAUGAGCCCGACCAGGAUCCACCGAUAAAGGAAAGAGUACUUAACCGUCUUUUAAGGCGCAGAGCGGUUCGUGAAAACGGAAGACUCAUUGGCAGAUGGAUGCUUAGAACGGCAAAUCCUUUCAAAAAUUGCGAGAUUUCCAGUGAUGGGUCUCUUGCUGUGUUCUGGACUGACAGAGAGUUAACGCUUUUUACGUCGCUAUCGCUCACGAACGGAGAUAUCGAAGCAAGGCCGCAAGACCAGUGGUCUUUAGAAAGGGAAGACUCAAACUGGUUUUGGAAAAAUAUUCGAUUGACAAAUCGUCAUUUACUAGCUUCUACGUCGGGAGGCACCUUCCAGUGUUAUGUCUUCGAUUUGAAGAAGGGCACAUCGGUGGAUGCCAGCUUUGCCCAUCGGAAGCGUUACUUCUCAAAACUACCGGAAAUAGCGGACCUUGCUAUUUCGUCUGAUAGCAAAGUGAUGGCGUGUGUAUUGCAAAGCCAAGAGGGACCACAACACCCAGGGUCAUUGUACAUUGCGCCUGUCGCAACUCCAGAUCAGUACACGUGGAUGGAGAAGCUCGAAUGGCCAGCCACAGAUAUCGUCGAGUUGUCUUUCCCGACGAACCAUGACAUUUAUUUCGUCAUCCGCCCGAGAGUCAACAUUCAUAGUCGAGAGGAAAGAGCCACCCUUGUGCAUAUAUGCCUUGCAUCUAAGCGGAUAGAAUCGGUCAUCAUCAAUUCACAGGGUCUUGACAGCGGCGCCAAUGUUGGCCUUUUUACCACUUUUGCGCCCCUCUACCAACAGCCUAGUAGAUGUGCAGUUGUAACUAAAGAGAAGCGACUGUACAUACAGGGCUUGGAAGAAGCAAACCGCGCCCUCGCCAUCCAGGUAGACAUCAAGAGUUAUCGUAUACUCAAAUUGAUGACCGGGUGGGAUAAAUGGAAAAUGUUUGCGAUUGGAAGACAUGUGGCGAGUCAUAACAUGAUUCUACUUGAGGUACACUUGCCUGGACCAGGAGUUGGUGAUUUGUCCAUAACAGAGUUGGCUCAAUUCCCGGGUCUUUCCUACAAUGACCAAUUUGUCGCGACACUGGGCAACAUACAAGGGGAAAAAUACGUUCUUCUUGCGGCCUUGAUGAGUGCCAACCAGCGGGCCAUUUACAAAGUACAGAUAAAGUGA